UGCUCGCACGCAACAAUGAAUCGCUUCUCGAUCAUCGUUCUUUUGUGCCUUUACACUACUUUCAAAAUCGCUGAAAAUCAAACCACAUUUGAUUGCACGGAGGCAGGUUUUUUCGAAAUCGUCGAUGGAACUUGCAAAAAUUACUUACUUUGUGUAGAUGACGGCGCGAAUCUCGUUCCAGUGAUAUUGUCGUGCGCCAGUAAUUCCAUAUUCGAUCCUGUUCAGGGUAGAUGCGUGUGUCAAUGCACAAAUACGUGCCAACAAUCGACGACAAUGGCACCAUCGACAACAGCAUCAUCAACAACGGCACCAUCGACAACGGCACCAUCGACCACCUCAGCACCACUCUGUGUGAGAUACGGCAGAUUCCCGAUACAGGACGUGAACUGUAAGAGUUAUUAUUUGUGCUACUGGAACGGCUCCAGUUACACCAUAAUGGAUAAUCUCUCGUGCCCGAAUACGCUGGUAUUUAAUCCAGAAACAGAAACAUGUGUAUCGCCACAGACGUUCACAUGUUCAGGGACAUCAGGAUAAUAGAACAUUACAAUCAUACUGCAUAUGUUUGCAGUCUAUAAGAUGCUAAUGUACUUCUACAAAAUCAUCGUGUAUCUUAAUGUAAAAAUAUUAACAAUUGUUAAAUUGUUUAUCAAAAUAACAAUGCAUAUU